AUGUCUAUCAGUUCUUUCAUUGAGUUGAUGUCCAUGUUCAAAGUGGUGUUGAUCUUGAGCGCUUCUAGCAGUGCAAGGGCACCUUCAUUCCCGAUUGAGUUGUACAUCAAGUUCAAAGUAGUUAAAGUCGUAUUAGACUUGAGCGCCUCUGACAUUGUGUUGAUCGCGAGUGCUUGGAUAUUCGUGAAGCUCAAAAUUUUGAGCGAGGAUAGUAUGAGCAUGCUUUUGAAGGAUAGCAAGUCUGUCGAGGGCUUGAUCUUGCAUUUUACUAUCCUUCGCCUUGGACUAAAACUGCAGUUGAACCAUCAUGAGAACUGGAUCUGGCCUGCCCUUGAGUUGAUGAAAUCUAAAUGGUAUCAACAACGACAACAACAACAACAACAACAACAACAAAAAUCAAAAUCAAAAUCAAUCCCGAAAAUAUCCUUGGAAAUUUUUAACGUUCAAUUGUCGCGUUCAUCCAAUACCUCAGACCUAUCAUUCCGUAACUACACGCCAAAUAAUGAAGAGUUGAAGGCACCAGACUCCAAGAUCUUCACACCAGCAGAUAUCAACGAAACAGUAGAGAAGAAGAUGGAGGGUGUUGUUGAGAAGGUCAUUCAGGAAGAAGAAGAAAAGCGUGCUAAAGACGUUGAUAUUUUCACACUGGCACCCAAGACCCCCAAUUGGGAUUUGAAGCGUGAUAUUGAACCAAAGUUGCUCAAGCUAGAAAAAAGGACUCGGGCUGCAGUGAUUGAAUACAUUCGGAAAGAACGACCUCACGACUUGAGCAUGGCAUAAAAAAAAAAAAAGUCCUUUAUUUCAUUAAACAUUUUUUUAAUGGUAAUUAGGCAGCCCUGU